AUUUAAAUUGAAUUCCAAAAGACAAAAGAUAAAUCAUAAUCGCUGGCUACAAACGAAAAAUCCAAUUGUGUAAUAAAUACUAUAAUAAAAACAUGAUAGCCCUACAAAUAUAUAUAUAUAUAUAUUUUUUACUGAUUUCACUUAAUUACGCAUAUUACCUACGCAAAUAAUGUCAUGCCUCUCUCCAUAACACCCACAGCAUGUUCUUUGUGUGCCAAAAUAGUUGGCUCUGCCCCCUUGCAUCUCAUUUUCGAUGGCUAUUACUUAUUGGUGUGUCAGUGACAAGGCUACUUAUCCAGCAGUGACCCAGCUCACCGCAGAGAGUCUAUCCACGUACCUGAUUCAUGCGCGCUCACCUCGCCACCAGGACUGGUUUAAUGUUAUUCAUCUUAUCUGGUAGUCUAUAGCCUACCAACAUUUAAAAAACUUUUGACAUGAGUUACUGCUCAUCCGAUCAGAGCAUGCAUACUUCCAGUAACGCUUACCCUAACUGUAGUGAACAGAGCGACCCUCACAUGUAUGACCACUCUCUGACUGCAAGGACCACCGAAUCCAUCAUCUCUCUCCUCUUGAGAAAAAACGCAGAGAGGAAGAGGGCACAUCAUCAGAACUUUUCCCAACAAUUUGACCCUGCCACCUCCCUUAACAACUCUUACUAUUCGGAGUGCCAGACCAGCACUUUAAGUGAAGACGGAAGGAGUGCACAGGUCCCAACCAGCCUAUUUAGUCCCAAUUGGGACCGGUCCUGCCUGGAAAAUCAUCAGGCCAAACGGGCCAGGGUGGAGAACAUUCUCCAGCGCAUGGCUGAAUCUCCUCCGAUGCAUUUCAGAGAUGAAAAAGCAGUCAGUCACCAUGCAAGCGCUAAUGCAUGGAAUGGCAGCAAAGGGAUUCUACCACUGUUGGAUUACAGCCAGAGCAGAGGCGAAACCUCCUGUAGAGACGAUUACAAGACCAGGGAGAGCCCAAAGCAUCCGUAUGUGCUGCAUGCAAAACAUCAGAAGGAUCAGAUGACCCAGGUUUACAACCUCAAGAACUCUGAAGAGGAGUGUCCAAGAGAGACGGCACUGACAGUAGUGACAAAGCGUGAAGAUGAAGCACGUAAUACCGCACAUACAUUGCAAACACCAGACACUCCUAUCCUUAAUAAUUCCAGAGGUGACUUUCGGCAUGGUUUGAGCAGCGAGUGGGAAAGAAACAGGAACAUUCACCAGACACGGAGCAGUAACACGGGUCAGGACACUGACACAGAACUGCUGGACCUUCUGAAGUUUGAGCUGUCCAGAGCCGUGAACAUGAGCGUUGAUUUGGUUUUCAAGAAAAUGUCGCACUCUUUAUUUAAGACAUCGCCACAGGAUCCUGCUGAGUCUGAGCAUCCUUUUUUAGAGGAAAAUAUGAAAUUAAAAGAGGGAACCGUACCCAAGUACAGCUUGCGCUCUGAGAUAACAGAGCCUCCGCUGCCAAAUGUUCAGGCAGAGGCUUUGUCACUGGUCAUUCACAAACCAUCAUACCAGGACAGUACCAACACAGCGGCUCAAAUAAGUACAAGUUUUUCUGAAAGUAACAAUCCACCCUCUCAUUCAAAACAAAACAAUGCGCUCAUGGACCAAGAGGUGCUACGGCGAUUUCAAGACAGCUCCCCUAAUGUGUUGGGCAGCCUUCCGUGUCGAUACAACACGAGUCAGUCUUCAGUGGACACAAUGUCACAUUCCUGGGAGCCAAUCAAGGUAACUUCAAAGGCAAUGUCCAAUUGUAUGAGCCAACAAGCGCAACUGGUGGCUCUGAGUCACUUGGCCUUCGACAACCUCUGCCUCCCUCACAUCAAAAGGGAGAACCAAGGCAUAGUGGACAGCAGCUCAUUUUUGCCUCUUAAUAUAUCCUUUGACAAAAUGUUAUCAUGACCAUUCAAAAAGGUCCUCCCGUUUAAUUAUUAUUUUAUGAGGUAUCAGUGUGUGUGUGUGUGUGUGUGUGUGUGUGUGUGUGUGUGUGGGGGGGGUUAUUUUAAUUAUUUCAGCCAAAGAUUUAAUUCAGGUCAAUUCUGCAUGUAUAUAAUCUUUAUAUCAACUAAUUAUAUUAGAAGCAUUUCAUGGUAAACGUACUGACCCCUACCAAGAACUAAGUUUAAAAUCAAAGCCACACAAUCAAAAAAUACAAAAAACAUUUAUACGGUUUCAUAUCUGUGUUCUAAGUCAUUAAGUAGUGCAAGCAUUGUAAGUGAAAUUGUGUGGCUUUAAAAAUCCAAAGUAUCUCUAUAGGAUGUAGCCUGUUCAUACACUGUAUAGGUGGGCAAACCUGCCUGUUUUCAAAAUCCUUAACAGUGACACAU